UAGCACGGGUACUGCUAAGUGAACCAAUAGGGCAUGGUUGGUUACUUCCACAUCGAAAAUCAAAUGAUCCCUCUAAAACUCUGCAGAUUAGUAACCUGUAGAAGUAGCAGUAAAAAAGAAAAGCUGUAUUAGGUUUCGUUUCAUCUUGUGUAAAUUAAGAAGAGUCCUAGCAGAGAGUAUGUAUGUAUGUAUGUAUGUAUGUGUCACACAGGAAUACCAAAUUGAUCAUGUGGUUCUCUAAUCAGCUAUGUGGGGAUGCGAGUGUAUAAUGUCUACGACAUUGACAACAAGACCUACCUCAUUCGCCUACAGAAGCCGGAGAGCAAAGCCGUCUUGUUGAUCGAAUCUGGCAUACGGAUUCACUCCACAGACUUUGAGUGGCCCAAAAAUAUCAUGCCGUCUGGUUUCGCUAUGAAAUGCAGAAAACACCUGAAGUCCAGGAGACUGGUAUAUAUAAAACAGCUAGGUGUGGACAGGAUUGUGGACUUUCAGUUUGGCUCUGACGAGGCUGCGUACCACCUCAUAGUUGAGUUGUAUGACAGGGGGAACAUAGUCCUGACAGAUCAUGAGUACACCAUCCUGAACCUGUUGCGCUUUCGUACCGCUGAGGCAGAGGAUGUGAAAAUUGCAGUGAGAGAAAGAUAUCCCAUCGAGAAUGCCAGGCCUCCUGAACCCCUUAUCAGCCUGGAGAGGCUUAAAGAUAUUUUAUCCAAAGCCCAGCGUGAUGAGCAAAUAAAACGGAUUCUAAAUCCCCACCUUCCAUAUGGAGGCGCUCUGAUUGAACACUGCCUUAUAGAAGUUGGUUUUCCUGGAUUUUUAAAAAUGGACCAUCAGUUUAACAUGACGGAAGCUGGGCCAAAACUUCUGGAGGCUUUGCAGAUGGCAGAGAGCUAUAUGGAGAAAGCAGCAAAGUUUAGCGGAAAGGGUUACAUUAUUCAGAAAACUGAAAAAAAGCCAAGCAUGACUCCAGACAAACCACAUGAAGAGUUGCUCACGUACGAAGAAUUUCACCCAUUUUUCUUUUCCCAACACUCAAAGAGCUCAUACCUUGAGUUUGAGUCUUUUGAUAAGGCUAUCGAUGAGUUUUUCUCCAAGAUGGAGAGUCAAAAGAUUGACAUGAAAGCACUUCAGCAGGAGAAGCAAGCCCUGAAAAAGCUCGAGAAUGUGAGAAAGGAUCACGAACAACGGUUGGAGGCUCUACAUCAGGCCCAGGAAGUGGACCGUUUGAAGGGCGAGUUGUUGGAAAUCAAUCUCCCCAUUGUAGAGCGAGCUAUUCAGGUGGUGCGCAGUGCUCUGGCUAAUCAGGUGGACUGGGCUGAGAUCAACCUCAUUGUCAAAGAAGCUCAAGCAGCUGGAGAUCCCGUGGCUUGUGCUAUUAAAGAGCUGAAACUACAAACCAACCACAUCACCAUGCUAUUGAAGAAUCCAUAUGUUGGUCCAGAGGACGAGGAAGAGGUUUCAGAAGAUACUAAAGAAAGCUCUGAGCAGCCAAAGGGGAAGAAAAAUAAGAAUAAAGACAAAGGACAGAAGGGCAAGAUUCAGAAGAAUAAACCCAUACUGGUGGACGUGGACCUUGGUUUAUCUGCUUAUGCCAAUUCAAAAAAAUAUUAUGACCACAAACGGAACGCUGCCAAAAAGGAGCAGAAAACAGUUGAGGCAGCAGAGAAGGCCUUUAAGUCUGCUGAAAAAAAGACGAAGCAAACCCUUAAAGAAGUCCAGUCAGUGACAACAAUUCAGAAAGCCAGAAAAGUUUUCUGGUUUGAAAAGUUCCUGUGGUUCAUUAGCUCAGAGAACUACCUCAUCAUCGCUGGGCGGGACCAGCAGCAGAAUGAGCUGAUAGUUAAACGUUACCUGCGGCCAGGGGACAUCUACAUCCAUGCUGAUCUUCAUGGAGCCACAAGCUGUGUCAUCAAGAAUCCGUCUGGUGAGCUUGUUCCCCCACGCACGCUAAAUGAGGCUGGAACAAUGGCUGUGUGUUACAGUGCUGCUUGGGAUGCCAAAGUGAUCACCAGCGCUUGGUGGGUCCAUCAUAACCAGGUGUCCAAAACUGCGCCGACAGGAGAGUACUUAACAACCGGAAGCUUCAUGAUUAGAGGGAAGAAGAAUUACUUACCCCCCUCAUAUCUUAUUAUGGGCUUUGGGUUUCUCUUCAAAGUGGAUGAGCAGUGUGUGUUUAGACACCGGGGAGAGAGGAAGGUUAAAACUCUGGAGGAGGAUGUGGAAGAAAUGAGCUCUAGUACUGCAGAGCUUUUAGAGGAGGGAGAGGAGCUGUUGGGAGAAGACAGUGCAAAUGAAGGAGAGGCUGAGGGAGAACACGAGUCAGAGGAGGAUGGUAGAAUGGAAGAAGGACAAGAUGAACAUGUGCCACAACAAGUGGAAGCAGAAGAGAACGUGGAAGCUACUGAGGAGCAGUCAGGUGAAAUCCAGCUUGAGACACUGAAGCAGGAGGAAGAGGCGGAGGAGGAGGAGUCGGAAGAGUCAGAGUCGGAGGUGUGUGAACAGAAAGGACAGAAGGGGCUUGAUGAAGAGGCCAAAAGUGAGGAGGAGAGUACUGACAUCAGUUUUCCAGACACCACAAUCCUGCUCACGCACCUUCAGUCCAACCGAGGAAUCACCAAUGCUGGUUUCAAACAAGAGGUUUCACCACGGGACAACAUGGUGUCACAAGGCAAGAAGUACAUGAGUGCAAAGCAGAGAAGGGAUAUGAAGAAGAAGCAGAAACAGGGGAGCAGUGAACAUCCGGAAGAACCUGAGAUGAAAAAAGAGGAGAGCCAAAGUUUUUCUGCAAUCAACCAGAGUUCCAAGAGUGGAGGAGCUGCUCAGCCUCUGAAAAGAGGACAAAAGAACAAGCUGAAGAAAAUCAAGGACAAAUACAAAGACCAAGAUGAGGAGGACCGAGAGCUAAGGAUGAAGUUACUUGGGUCCGCAGGCUCCAAUAAAGAAGAGAAAGGCAAGAAAGGAAAGAAGGGAAAAGAGGAGCCUGUGAAGCGAGCGCCUCAGAAACCUACUCAAAAGCCCAGAGUUCCAGUGACUCUCGUGAAGAAAGUUGAACAGCCUGGGGAUGAUGUCGGUCAAACAGGACAAUGCAGCACAGAACAGGACGACAAGGAUGCUGAUGAUUUGGAUCAGGAGAAUCCUGGUGCAGAGGAAUAUGAAAAUUUCCUUGACUGUCUCACUGGUCAGCCGCAUCCAGACGAUGUGCUGCUGUUUGCAGUGCCUGUGUGUGCACCUUACACGGCGCUCUCUAAUUACAAGUAUAAAGUGAAACUGACUCCUGGGACACAGAAGAAAGGAAAAGCUGCCCGGACUGCUGUGUUCAGCUUCACGCAUGCUAAAGAAACCAGUGCGAGAGAGAAAGACCUGUUCCGCAGCGUUAAGGACACUGACCUAUCAAGAAACAUACCUGGCAAAGUGAAAGUAUCUGCCCCGAACCUUCUGGCAGUAAAGAAGAAGUAAAUGUAUGGAACACUGGCUUUGGUUACAGACAGCAUUCAGCCGAUUACGUUCAUCUGCUGUAAAUGCUUGUCUUUUUAGAGCCUGAACAUUGAGUGUUUUCGAAACAUGUUAAAUUGUAAAAUAAGUAAAUAAAUACUACUACUACCACCCCUUUACAGUUUGUAGAGGGCAGAGAGGGGGGAAAAAAAUUCCAAAUGUUUUCUUAUAUCAGUCGUUUGUUUAACAUAAAGUGCUUUAGCUACAUAUUUAUCCAGUCCGUUUCUGAAAAACUGAUAUUUUAAAAAAUAUAAAGAACAUUGACGGCUUCAAAAAAAAAAAGCAUUGUUCAAUUUAAUUAUUUUUCCGUUCAAAACUAAAAUAUUUACAGAAAAUGUGCCCUCUUAUCUACUUCAAGUAUCCAGAAACUCUCUUAAUAUUAAACAUUCUAACAAUUAUUAAAGCAAAGUAUGUCCUCUCAAACACAUGCACAAAAAGACAGAUGAAAUUAAGGCUUAUGUACUUUGUAUAAAAAGUCCUAGUCAUCUGCAUGACAAAACCAAUGUGUUAAAUAAUACUCCUUCCGGACCUGUUUUUCUGUUGGAAAUUGUAAUAAUAAAUCAAAGAGACUGGACGCAGACACAACUGAAGGGCCCAGCUGACUGAAAUAAACCCUGACUGAAACAACACACGUUAAGAACAUUGUCUGAAUAACUGAACAUAUAUACAUAGUUAUAUAGAAUAUUAAAAAUGCAACUGAAGUUUAGCAGGCUGUAUAUUCUCUCUCUCUCUCUCUCUCUCUCUAUGUAUACAUAUAUAUUUAUUUUAGAUUGAUGAUAAAUGCAUCAGUCCUCAGUCCUUACGAUUAUUUAGCCCAAGUUCUAAAGUCUCUUAGCACAACUCUAAGUUCUUUAGCACAAGAUCCAAGAACACUUAAUCUUCAUUAUGAAUACUUGCUCAUGUUUAAAGAUGUUUGAUGGAUUUUUUUUUUUUAUUGAAAGUUGCUGAGAUUCCAAUCGAAAACGAGCGAUUUCACUGUAAACUAGCCACGGCUUCGAGAAUUGCCUUCAUGAUCAAACAACCCUUACAUCUUAGCAUAAUUUCUUCUUGCUUCACGAUUGCCAUAUUAUAAACAAUUGAUGUAUUAAUUUUGGUUGUCAUUCCUGAACGUUUAUAUUGCACUUUAAUUUAAUUGCCAUUCGUUGUAGGAUACUUUAGUGGAAGUUUGUUUACAUAUCGCAACUGUUGGUUACUUCUUAGUCAGCAAAACAUGUCAAGCAGGGCAAGGGACAUAAUCCCCCGGUUAAUUAAUUCAGCGAACGUGUAAUUAUUGAUAGUCGGUUGAAUUUGUGAUUUGAUCAGAAGUGACUGAAGUUAUCUAUGAAGGUGCCGACAAUUCAAGGUUUGUUCUGGCUUAACUACAAAUAGCCAGACACCAAAGAAUUGGAUUUUCAUUCCACAUUUCAGGGAUCGACAACUGAUCCUUAACAUGCACAGCAGCAGAAAUUCCAGCUUCCAGUCCCUAAGCAAUCAUAAUAAACUCUUUCCUUUAUCAAGACGAGUAUUUUUUUUCGAUUAUUGUGACCAUAAUCCAGAGUUGUGCUAAAAGACUUGUGCUAAAUAACCGGAUACCAGUCCUUAUGAGGAUACUUCAAAAAAAAGUUCUCGGCCUCACUCAGAAAACGUGAUAGGAGGAGGAUUAUUCUUGCGUUAUUUUUCAACAUGGACUCCUUUAACGUCAAUGCACUUGCUCCACCUAUAUUCAAGCUUCACUAUCCCUUCACUGAAUAAAGUCACAUCUUGAGCCUCCAGAUUCUCUUCAACAACAUGGAUGACUGCAUCAUCACUCUGGACAUGGCGACCACGCGAGUAGGAUUUCAGUUUGGGAAACAGAAGUCAGACGAUGCCAGGUCGGGUGAAUAAGGUGCCCGGAGCAACAGUUCAAAGCCACAUUUGGCUGCUUCCACCACUGUUACCUGUGCUGCGUGGACGGGCGCAUUGUUCCGGAGUAGCAGCACGCCAGCUUGAAGCGUUCCUUUUCUUUCAUUUGAGUUUUUGCGGACAGUGAUAAAGGCUUUAUAGUAUACAGUUACAUCCCUUGUUUCCAGCUGAGGCCAAGAACUUUUAAGUACCCUCAUCUAUCAAAUCUAUAAGAACAUUUUCCUUACAUAUCAUUUGUAUCCACUCCAUAAGUAAUUCAGCAGAUGAUGUCUAAUAUUAAUAAAACAUGGUUUUGA